GGAGGAAGUAGUCCUGGGAAAGGCACCUGUGGACAGGUGGAGAUAGAAAGCAGCCCAGGGAAGCAAGAAGGAAUUGUAAGGAGCAGGUUUUAGCUUCUUCAACACAGAAUUCCUGGGAUUCUGCCAGAAGGGAAGGCAGGUGUGUGUUCUCCUACCCUCCUGAGAGAAAGGGAUAUGAAAGCCUCUCUGAGGAAAAGGUGGCAAGGACUAUAAAACUCAGCCUGGGACUGAUGACCUGAUACAGGGUAACUGGACUUUUGCCCUGUGUGAUUACUCUUUAUUGCUUGAGGAGGGGUGAGAUUAUAAAUGACCUGUGAGAAGAAGCUGACUGUCACAGGGACAGACUGCUGUCUGGUGGGGGAAACUGAGUUGGAGCCACUGCAACACCAUGCCUGGCCAUGAGAGGCUAUGUUGGCAGCAAGCUAGCAAGCUGCAAGUUUUGGAUAGCUAAAAGCAGAAGAAGGAAGUGUCUUACUGAAUUAACUGAAAGGAAUAAGAACUGAGGUACUAUGAAAAUAGCAACAAGUUUUGGAGGACACUUGGUUUUACUGUUCCACAUUCACAGAAUAAAUCCACAUGUAGCUUUUCAUAAUUCCCCUCACAUUGGUCUAGCUCUGGCUUCAGUGUGGAAGCCACACUGUAGGAAGCCAGAAGACUCAAACGUGACUGAAUUAGUUUCAGAGAUGUGCCAAAAUGACAACGCCACCAACACGUCAAACUUGGACAACUGUUCUAUUGAUGACUUCAAGCAUGCUGUUUAUCCCACAAUAUAUGUCACAAUAUUUGCCUUAAGUAUCUUUGGAAAUGGCCUUUCCAUAUAUGUUUUCCUGAAGCUUUACAGGAAAAAGACUCCAGUGAAUGUUUUCAUGCUGAACUUGGCUAUUUCAGACCUCCUGUUUGUGUGGACUUUACCCUUCCGGGCCACCUACUACUUGAUGAAAUCUCAAUGGGUAUUUGGGGAUAUAUUUUGCAGGAUUGUGUCUUAUAGCUUGUAUGUCAAUAUGUACUGUAGCAUUUAUUUUCUAACUGUGCUGAGCAUUGUUCGUUUUGUGGCUAUUGUUCAUCCUUUCAAACAUUUGAAACUAACCACCAUCAAGUAUUCUAGAAUCAUAUGUGCGGUGAUAUGGGGUUUUGUGAUGACAGUUAGCAGCGUGCUGCUGUUCAAGGAACGCUUCGGCAAGGACUACCCAUGCAAGUGCUUAGAUCUCCAAGAAGAGACUGUACAGAAGCUGCUUGUGAUGAACCAUGUUGUCCUGACAGUGGGCUUCCUCCUCCCAUUUUGCACAAUAAUUUGCUGCUAUGUGCUUGUGAUCAAAGCUUUGCUUAAGCCCAGGGUUCCGAAAGCGAAGGUAAGAGCUUCUCAUAAGAAGGCAGUGUCAACCAUCGUCAUCACUUUAUUCAUGUUUCUGCUUUGUUUCCUACCAUAUCACAUACUAAGAACUGUCUACUUGCUGGAAAAGUGUAAGGCCUUUAUGGCCAACUGUUGCAAUUUGCUGGCUAAAGGGGCAGUCAUCACUCAUUCCCUUGCUGCAAUGAAUAGUUGCCUAGAUCCUGUACUCUAUUACUUUGCGGGAGAAAACUUCAAAGAGAGACUCAAAAGUAUAUAUAAAAGGUAGAGGGUGAAGAAUCAAAUGGACAUUCCUUAUUGGGAGUAUUUUCUAAUGAUCAAACCCCAGGACUGGAGGUGAAAGAUCAUGGGUUUUUUAAUGUAUGCCGCUGACUUGCCAUGUGACCUGGGGUGAAUCACGUAACUCUGUGCCUCCAUUUCCCUAUCUCCAAAGUGGGGCUAUUCAGAGUGGCUAGUAUCUCAGAACACCGUGUGAAUUUUCUUCAUAAACGGUUGUAAAGGGGUCCAAGAUCCCACCCUGGGAUUAUGCCUAUUUCUCUUCCACUGAGUAAAAACCAGCCAAAAAGAGGCUUUUGUCCUUAAGAAGCCCUCUACUCCAGAGGACUUCAUUUACUGGUAACACAAACUGACAAAAUAGACCUUUAAUACUGGGAAACAGACUGGGUCUGUGGUUUUGUCAUCUCCAAACUCUUGCUUUUCUCUCCCCAAAAGCACCCACAAGUUCCUUGCAUUCUGGAUCCACCUGUUCCUCAAAACUGGGAUUACUGGUCCCUCCCUCAAAGUUGCCUAUCCAUUGGCUACUCCAACCCUCAGAGCAUAGUCUCAGUGCUUUUCAAUACCCUGAUCCCUCCCUAGGCAUUACUGUUAAUUUCAGGCCUCUUUUCUUUAGUAAUGCCUUUUUGUUCCCUUUCUCAUCCAGGGAGCAUCUUUAGACUGCUCAGGCAUCCUUUUUAUUGGGAUCAGGUGCUGCAUCACUAACUGGCCAAUAAGCCACCACUGAGAGUACCUAAUUGCUCUCAGGUGGGGUUUAGGGGGCCAUUGUAGGCCAGUUAAGCCUCGAUUCGCUUUGAAGGGCUACUUGCCCCAGGAUAAAAGGGUGUGGAGAAACUCGGAUGGAUGAUAUUAUAGAAAUGCAAAGUAUAAUUUUCAAUAACUACCACUGAGAUAGCUUGAGGGGAGGGAUAGCUCAGUGGUUUGAGCACUUGAGCUCCAGCUCUAGCCUCUCCACUGUUAAUGUACCAAUCAGACUGCAUUAUACAGUCCUAGUCUGCCCCUUGGAUAAUGCUGGCUUGGAAAAUUUGUUUUAGUCUGAAAAUAGGUAGGUGAGAAAGCUCUGUGGCUAGGUUUACAGGAUUGGAUCCAUGAACUCACUGGGCAUUUGUAUAAUUGAAUUCUAAAGUUCCUUGUGAAUAAUUUGACUUGUGUAUAAAGGAUUCCUGUCUCCAUAUCAAAAGGCCCUUUUAUAAGGUGCUAUACACCUAAUUACAGUAGAAUAAAGUGGGGAAAUAUUCAAUAAAUUGAGUGGACAGAAUAUCUGAAUAUUUGCCUCUGCCAGUAAUCACUCUGGGUUUUUACCCCAAAUGCCCACUGUCACGCUGCAGUUCUUGUGUGUGUUCAUAAAGGGGGAUAAAAGAAACAUUCUUUACAUAUGGAUAUGCUAUGCACUUGCCUACUUUUUUAUUAACUUUUACUGGUUGUUGCUGUGAUGUUUUUAUUGAGAAAACUAUUGCACAGGUUGAAUACAAAUAUUUCUCAUGGUUAAACUCCUGGGCUCAGGAACAAGUAUACACUCAACAGAGAGCACAUAGCAACACCAGUCCUCUUCCCACAAAAGUUGAAGCAACAGAGAAAUGGCUUUUAGAAGCAUGACAAUGUCACAAAAACCAAUGGGAUUUCAUUAAGCUGAUCAAUAAAAUGAUCAGGAACAUUAAUCAAAAUUUUCAGAACAUGUAAAUAUGAAGCUAUUCCUUUUUCUGUGUUUUGGGGUUUGUUUGAGUUUUAGGAAGGAUCAACCUCAUCCUUAUAGAAUGUUGGUUGCAAAAUGAAUUCAGUAACCACAGCUGCAUAAUAAGCCACACCUACAUACAUCAUUAGGACUAAAGCUUCCAUCCUUUAUUUUCAAAAGCACAAGUCUCUUUCACGGGAGAUGAAGAAAAUUGUUCUUUGCUAUAGAAAGACCCUAAGUUGCAACUGGUCACAAGAUACCAGUAUAUUUCCACACUUAUUGUGCCUUAUCUUAUUUCUAGUUAAAUCAAACCACUCCCAUUUAUGUCAGUGGAGCAGCACGGAGACCUCAAACCACCCUCAAGAAAAAUUGUUGAUGUAUUUGCUCAAUUGUAACCUAUUUUCUUCAAGCACAAAAGGUUCCAGAAGAUCUAACGCUAGGGAAAAUUUUAAGCUUUUAUAAUCUAGAGGGGGACAAAAAUAAUAGACAAAUCAAAAUUUCAAAUUUGGAUAAUUUUUAAAAAAAUGACCUGUAACUCCAAACAGAUUGAUGUGCUUUCUACAACCUUUGAGAAAUUUGUCCUUUAUCAUCACAAUAAACCUACCUAUUUUCAGACUAAAACUAAUUUUCCAAGCCAGCAUUAUCCAAGAGGCAGACUGGGACUGUAUGAUGCAGUCUGAUUGGUACAUUAACAAUGGAGAAGCUAGAGCUAGAGCACAAGGAAAUAUUGCUCCUCAUGUUUAUCUUUUAUUUGCAUAUCCCCAGAAAGGGAGUGGUCACAACUAUAUUUGUUGAGUGGCCACACGAAAUAGCAUAACACAUUCUAAGGGAAUAUUUGCAUGCCUGUGAGCAGCUGUGUUUGCCUCGUGUCUUCAUAAAUGGGAAGCAUGCUAGUGCCUCACUAGAAUUACAUCACAUGCCCUACAGUGUAAAUUCUCUUUUUCUGUAUUAUAAAAAAGGCCUAUAUAUUUAAAAUGGAAACUUUUACAGUUUAAAGAAUAUAUUAAUUGGCCAAAUGCUGACACCCCUCCCCGAAAGAUAUGAUAAAAAAAAUCUAAUAGGAGUUGAAGAACUUAGAUUCUCUCAUAUGCAAAUGAUAAAAAAAAUCAUUCAAAGAGUCACUUUCUUCUAACAGGGCACUUUAUUAGAAUAAGAAAUAUAAGAUUUUCUUAUUCUCUCUCUUUCUCAGCUUCCCUGUACCAUCUCUGGCUAUAACCUUUCACAGUCUACCUCUGGCUUAGUUUCUGAACUAGCACAUUAUGAUUACUGAUUUAUCAUUUUGGUGGAUGAAUGGAAAAAUUAGGGGGAAACAUUGU